AUGAUCGACCAGUUCUUCGACGGGUACAAUGCGACGGUGUUUGCAUACGGCCAGACUGGAUCAGGCAAAACGUAUACGAUGGGCAACGAGUUUGCAGCAAGCGUAGCUCCUGCCGAGCGCGGAGUCAUACCCCGUGUGAUUGACCAGGUUUUCGAACGCGUUAAAGGCUCGGCAAACCCUGGACAUUUUGUGGUCAAGUUGUCGUACUUGGAGAUCUUGAACGAAGAAAUUCACGACCUUUUGGCAAAAUCUUCUCCAGACGCACCGAUAGUAUCUACCUCAGGGCUAUCAGUACGUGGCGAUAGCGAUCGAGGCAUCAUCGUGUCUGGGCUUAGUGAGCAUCUUGUGAACUCAGUUAAUGAGGCUGGAGACCUCCUGCGUUCCGGUGCUUUGGCUCGGGCCACCGCUUCUACGAGCAUGAAUGCCCAGUCCAGUCGCUCUCACGCUAUUUGUACGCUCACGAUGGAACAUCAUGAAGUUAGUGCUCCAGAAGGGGGCACGGAGACGCGGUUUUCCAAGUUCCAUUUGGUCGAUUUGGCUGGUUCAGAGCGUGUUCGACGCACAAAUUCAGAAGGUGCACGCUUUAAGGAAGGUGUCAACAUUAACCGCGGGCUCCUGACACUUGGAAACGUGAUCAAUGCGUUGUGCGAACGCAGCCGCACCAGCUCGACAACAACUCACGUACCAUACCGCGACUCCAAGUUGACGCGACUACUUCAGGACAGUCUGGGUGGAAACAGCAAGACGCUAAUGAUUGCUUGCGUCAGCCCUGCUGAUGUCAACUAUGAAGAGACCUCCAACACGCUUCGAUACGCAUCCCGAGCCCAAAGUAUUGAGAACCAGGCAGUGAUUAACAAGGAACGGAGCGCCGAAAACGAGUGCAAGUCGAGUCGACACGCAGAGCAUUAUAGUGCCUGA